CUGGAGGCUAGCGCAGUCGCAAUACGCGGCGCAUAAAAGAAGCUUCAAGGUUUCAGCUCAACCUCAGUCGACAACACACCACCAUGGCUUUGCAACGCUCCCUCUUCGCCCGCCACCCCUUCAAGUUUGUAUUCACGACAUGGUUUCUCGCGAGUCUACCGUUUCGCCUCGCCGGCAUUGCUGUCUAUUAUCUCCCCUCUGCCACGCGCCCCAAGAGAAGCUGGCGGCAGGCCGUGACAACAAAGCUGCUGAGUCUCUGGUUCCAGUUCGCGACAACAGUCGAGUUCCGAACCCCGAAAUCACUCGAACCCGGCGCUGAAGCAGAACGCUUCGUCUUGAUCGACCCUGAGAAAAUAGUUUCCGAUACUACGUCCCCGUACACCGGCCCCCUCACGACAAACCCCGCCAUUAAACCUUCCAAAGUCGCCGCCUUUUGGUACGAGUCGCCUCCAGCAAGCGGUCAAACCCCUCCACCCCUCGUGGUCCUCCACUUCCACGCCGGCGCCUUUGUCCUCGGCGGCGCCCGCACAGCAAUGGAAGCCGGUUGGGGUCCCAUAGCCCUAAGCAGACAACUCUCUUGCCCAGUGCUAAUGCCCGAAUACCGACUCUCCAACAAAUCUGACCGCACAACCAGCUUUCCCGCAGCGCUCCAAGACACCGUAAGCGCGUACAAAUACCUGCUUCACACGCUGAAUAUCCCCCCGCGAAACAUCAUCCUCUCCGGCGACUCUGCGGGCGGAAAUCUCGUCCUCGCUCUCAUCCGGUAUAUCGCCGAAUACGCGGCCGAGACACACCUCCCACUCCCGCGCGCCGCACUCCUCUGGAGCCCCUGGGCCGACCUCACGACCCCGGCCACGGCAGUCAACGCACACCGCAACGCAGCUACAGACUUUGUCUCUGGCGCCCUCCGCGACUGGGGCGUGGCCAGCUACACGCCCGAUACCUGGACCAGUUCGCACGAGUACUAUAGCUAUAUCAGCCCGGCCGGCCAUGAAUUCCGCACGUCGGUCCCGAUCUUCAUCCAGACGAGUAGGCAGGAGAUUUUGUAUGAUUCGCAUGUUGCACUUGCGCGGGGAAUGCAGGAUGUCGGGUGUACGGUCGAGUUUGUAGAGGUUGAGAGGGGGCCGCAUGAUGUGUUUCUGGGGGCGAAGAUGUUUGGGUUGCUUGAGGAUGGCAUGCGGAUUAUUGGAAAGGCAAAGGAGUUUGUUUUGCGCGUUGGUGGUACGCAGGAGGUUGCUGAGAGAUGAGGAUUGAUACGUGCUCGGCUUGAAUAAGGCUCCUUUGACCUGCAGCUGGUAUGCGUGUUCCUUGCUCUAAUACAGGUUUAGUGAUAUUGCGAAUCUCUUUUCCUUCAUACACACUGGACCUUAAAUACAACGAAGUGUUUUUUUUUUUUUUUUUUCUCCCGCCUGCGACGACCUCGAAUCGGCCAUGUCCUGUCUCGCUCGAAGGGAAUCAAAGGAGGGCGCUACCUCGAAAUUGCACCA